AUGAAUGCAGAUUUGGGUGGAACUGAUAUAUUAAAAGCCUUGAGCUAAGGCAUUUAUAAUGAAAAUUAUUAAAAAAAUAAAUACCAUUCAGAAACUUUAAACGCUUUUUUAUUAACAGAUGGAGAGGAUUCUCCUAAAAAAAUCAUUAAGUUAGUAUAAAAAAACCAAAGACCUGAAACUAGAAUUUAUACAUUAGGUAUUGGGAAUCAUUGUAGUGAGUAUUUAGUUUAAAGAUUAGCUGAAGUUGGAAAUGGAAAAUGUUAAUUAGUAGAAGAUAAUGAAGAUAUUAAUUCUAAAGUUAUAGAUUUGUUAGAGGAUUCCCUAACUUAUUAUUUAAAAGGAUUUUCAUUAAUACAUAAUAUUGACAAAAUUUCAUAGAUUAUUCCUGAUCCAAAAUCAAUAACUUAAUUAAAGAAAAAUCAAGAGUUAACUUUACAAAUUUUAUUUUCAAAGAAACAGAAAAAAGAAAAUUUAGAAUUCAAAAUUAAUUGUUUUGAUCCAUAAAUGAAUAAAUAAAUUUCUUAUGAAGUAAAAAUGAAUCUUAAUAGUUCCAAAGAGAAUGAAUAUUUUCAUAAAAUAGCUGCUCAUAGACUAAUAAGGUAUUAUGAAAAAUCAAUUUCUUAAUAAGCUAAACAAAUGGAUAUGGUUAUGAUCAAUGAAAAAUAUAUAAAAGAUUUGGAUAUUAUAAAUUUAUCAUUAUAAAAUCAAAUACUAUGUUCUAAAACAGCAUUUAUUUGUGAAGUAUGCUAAAAUGAAUAAAAUCUUUAAUCACUGAUUAAGAAAAAACUUACAAUAAACAAAAGUUCUGAGGAAAAUAAAGAGUAAGAUGAAAUUGAAGUUGACGUUGAAGUUAAAGUUGAAGUUGAAGUUGAAGUUGAAGUUGAAGUUGAAGUUAAAGAUGAAGUUGAAGUUAAAGAUGAAGUUAUUCCAAAAAGUACUAAUAAAGGAAUUUAAUUUUGCCUGAAGAAAAAAUAAUCAAAACGCUCUUGUAAAAUGGUAAAGAGAUAAUUAGCAAACCGAUAAAUGCAGAUGUGUUGCGACUCAAAUUAAAGUUUAAAAUCAAAAUGUAAAAAAUUGGCAGUAGAAGAAGAUUCUGAUGAUUUGAUGUUUUAAUAAAAACCCUAAGAAAUGAGAGAAGAUGAAGAUUCUGAAGAUUUGAAGUCUUAAUUCAAAAAAUUGCUUACUAAAUAAAGUAUUCUAUGUGCUCCAAAGCCAAAAAUACUUUAAGAGGAUUAGCAAAUGUUAGCAUACUUUGAACUAAUUGACUGCAUGUAAGCAAAUGGUAGCUUUCUCUUAGAAAUACAUAUUGAAGAUUCACUAAAGUUAAGCAAAAUAGAAAAUAAAUAUCAUUUAGAAGAUCUAUGUUGGCCAACAGUAGUUUCUCUUUUUUAUUUGGAAUUAUUUUGUCAGGAUUCAAAGAGUUCCUGGUAAUUAAUUUAUAAUAAAUCCAUAAAUUAUUUAAAAAAGAAAGGAGUUGA